CAUGGCCAAGUUCGUUGGUAUGAUUAAUGCGCUGUUAGCUAACGAACUCUCUCUAUGAAAUAUAUCAGUUGUUUGUCGUAAAAAUCUAGGAUGUCAGCAUUUAAUGUUUCCUACACGCUGUCAUGAACCAAGUUGUACUUCGAAGCCAUAAAGGCGAAUACCUCCCAGGGGAAGAUAUAUACGGUGUUGUUUACUUGAAUGUAGUAAGUACAACAACUGGACGUGGUAUUCGCCUGAAAUUUCAAGGUUGUGAACAUUUUGUAUACAGACAUGGACAUCCACCCGCAGAAGAGAAAUUUGAAGCAAAGAAACAUUAUUUGGACUAUCCUGACAUUGAUCUGUACAAGAGUCAAGAUAUUUUCAUGUUAGGAAGCUACAUCUUUCCAUUCCGAAUUCGACUACUUACUGAAAUUCCUGCCUCAUUUGAUGCUAAUGGAAUAGGUACAGGUUGUAACUGGACAGCCAAGGUGACAUAUACACUAAGUGCUGAAGUGAUUGAUGCUUCAAAUCUAAACACUACCCAGACAAUAGUUGUAUACCACCCUCUGGGAAGAACGGAAAGCUCUAGUACUCCAAAGUUAGUUACCAACAGACUAGAUGUCCCCUACCUCCUGUUUCUCAAGAAGCCCCUCUUUGUCACUGCCAAAUUGCAGAGAAAUGUCCAGCAGACGGGGGAUAGCAUGAAAGUGAAAAUUAUCAUUACAAACCAGACCAAUAGGGAUGUUAGUAACAUUACUGUGCGUCUGAUAAGGGAGAUAACUUUUGUAGCCAAAGGUGGAUUGUCGAGCACAAAAAUAUGCAAAGAUGACAGUAUACAGGAGACAAGGGACAGGAUCUUCAUUUGUCCAGAGAAAGGACCCUUCAUAGUACAGGAUAUACCAGUAGAAGGGUGUCUAGCUGAAAUCCUUAAUAGCAGGGGACUGGACAACUUCAUCAUACCACUGAAGGAACCUCAUGAUCAACAUUCACCCAUCCCCUCUUCUGUCGCUGGUAAUCACAUACAGUGCCGAUAUGUAGUGGAGAUAUUAGUCAGACUAGAGAACAAUGCUAGUCUGGUCACAACACUCCCAGUACCAUGCAUUUGGCACCAGAAAAAUAAACAGUGGGCGGACCAGUCCAUACCAGACUGGGUAUAUAACACCGAGGUCAUGCUGUCCGAAUCACCUUUCAGCGUCCCAGAAAAUGUCCUCAGUGGUGAGGUGUUUGCAGGCAUCCCUAGAUUCCAGGCCCUGACAAGUCCAAGCUGACGAUAACCUAAUUCCAGACAUCCCGGUGUUACCUUGAUAUACUGGGGUAUCUGCGACAUGAAGGAGUGCAAUGUCCUUUAUUCAGUUGUUUUCAGCUGGGUAAAAUGUCGGUAUACUUUGAUAUCCAAAUUGUCUGUGGGCACUGUCAUCUGGAUGUCCUAUAUAUAAUGGUACAUAUAUACACAAGUGUGGAUACGUAUUUGUGAAUGGAUACCUGAAGAUCACAUGGCAUGGAAGUAUGAUUCUUCCCUGUCCCAUACUACCAGGUGACUAGUAGUGACCUGGCCCCAGAUUCAUCAACAAUCAUUAACUUGAGGAAAUCCCUUAAUAUUCCAUUGAAAAGCAUUACAUAAUUUAAAGAUACUUUCUUAGCUAAAACUUUCCCCUUCGACCUACUAACGCUUUCCUAUGGACAUCUAGCAGUAAGUUAAGGCAUUUCCCUAGGUUACCGAACGUUGACGGAACUGGUGGCAAGCUUGAUGCCUUGGUUAGAGCGUCCAUCUAGACGUCUGAUAUCCACCCUCCAUCCUACAGUAAGUCCUAUAUUAUAUUCCACCACAUAACUUAGGUUGUAAAUUUAGGUUUGGGAUCUAAGACUAUAAAGAAGGAAGGAUUUAUUUUUAGCAGGAUUGUUGAUCACAUGCACGUAACUCCAUUGACUAAAGCAUCUGUACAGCGUUUCACAUUCCUGGUUGUGAAUCUUAAAUUUUGUCAGGACGAUCGCAAGUUUUCUCAGCUGUAUCGCAAUGUUGAAGACUAGAGAGAUAAUCUAGACUUGUGGCUAAGAAUACAAUGCAUUCUUAAUAUCGGGACGCUUCGAUUUGAGGUCUACAUAUUUGUAUACUGGAGAUAAAUUACAAGCACAAUGGUUGAGGGAGCACUCUACCGAUAUCGGGGUAGUAUCGGGUAAUCUCAGGGUAUUUAUAUAUAUAGCUAUCACCUAUAAAUAGUCACUAUCAACAUGUAUGUAAAACACUGUAUAUUGUGAUAAUAUGUACUGAUCCUUUUCAUUAUUAAAGACGAAGAGGGAUUUGCACUGAUGUCACAAGGUAAAUGAUAUAUCAAAAUAGGGUCUCAUUCACGUGCUGAAAUAAUGAUACAUAUUGUUAACUAUAAACUAUAAAUGGCAAAAUGGUGUGUCCCUUAAUUAACAUAGGAACCAUCGCUGUACAUGACGUAAUAGGUGUCUCGGGAUCAGAUUUUAUUGCAUUGCCCAGUGAAUGGUUGUUGUUUAAUAUAAUUUACGAAAUAUGCUGGACUUUAUAUUUCUAUAGAUGAUAUGGUGCAUUUGUUCUCAAUUGUAAAUGAUAUAUUUUUGAUAUUUUUGAUAAUGUUUCUGAUGGCCACCUGUGAACAUUUUUGUCAUUAUAUAAUUUAGGAGUGCCUUGGCUGUCCUAUAUGCUAAUCUCAUUCUGUACUUGUACAAGUUUAUCAAUAGUCACUAUACAUAUAUAUCAUGUACACCAUGUUUAUACCAUUUGUCUUUCCCUUCAAGGCAUUGUCUGUUGUCUAUAGUAAUACACAUGUACACCAAAACUGUGCCUAACUACUGACACAAGGCAUUUAAGGUUAUGAGCUCCAUAAUACAUGUAUACAGUCUUAAACUACUAGUAUUCUUUUGAUAUUGUUAUAAACACAUACUUGAUAAACGAUUGUUUUCUUGUGGUAUUGCUUUAGAAAUAUAAUUAAACUACUUUUCGUAUUAUAUAUUUGUAAGAGAAUUACAACUAAAUGACAAAUACAAUUAUAUUAUGUGUUGAACAGAUUGUAUGAGUAGGACAGUGAAGCACCGUGACUGUGAUGUUAUAUGUAUAAAAUGCACGGAUGUAACUUAAGUAUCCAUUCCAUGUUUUCUUUGUUAUAUUUCAUGUAAGGGAGGUUGAGCGGAUAUGAUAUGAAGUUGUUAAAAACGAAUUUUAGAGAUUACAUUUUUAUAUUAAAUGUUACGAGUGAGAUACUAAUGAACCCGACAGAAGUCGUGUAAUAUUAUGAAGUUAUAGAGUUAUAUGCUAUUAAAGAUUAUCAGGCCAAAGUUUCAACAGCAUUUCAUUAUUUUAAGAAGUCCCUUAGGGAAAUAAAGAAAGCAGUACAGAAUUUAAGUUUCUUAACUAAGAUUCCUCCAUUAAUCCAAUAAUGUCUUCUUAUGACCUGACAGUUAAUUGUACAACAUCAAUCUUAGUUCCGAUAAUUUAAAUCCAAUAAUGCCUUCUUAUGACCUGACAGUUUAUUGUACAUCAAUCUUAGUUCCGAUAAGUUUAAAUCCAAUAAUGCCUUCUUAUGACCUGACAGUUUAUUGUACAUCAAUCUUAGUUCCGAUAAGUUUAAAUCCAAUAAUGCCUUCUUAUUACCUGACAGUUUAUUGUACAUCAAUCUUAGUUCCGAUAAACUAUACUAUACUUUGACUGUCAAAUGAUUAGGUAAAUUAUUGUCAUCACUGAGGAUUGACACUAUCCAUAAAAACCAGGCUCCGGUUUCUUUUCCUUAACUUAAAAUUUUCCACAGGAAAUCAUUAUAGGAAAUUAAGGAGAAAUAUUAGUUAAGGAAACUCCAUAGAUUCUGAAAUGCUUCCUAUGGAAAAUUUUAAGUUAAGGAAUUACUUUAUAAUAUGUUAAGGAAGAUCGACAAAACUGGCCCUAGGUUUGUGGUGAUGUGGGCAUUCGAAGAGAGAGGUAAAAUGACCAAGUAUAAAUGUUUACCAUAACCAAAAAAAUGGACGGCCUGACUUGUGUCGUCUGUAAAACUAGUUUACCAUUAAAUGUCGGUAAACUGAAAUACAUAUAACCAUCAUUGUACGGCUGUUAUCUCAUUGGUUUAGACAAAUAUUUAAUUUACGUAGUGUUAAUGAGGUGGCGAUAUUAUACCACAACUUAUAGAUAUACUAUACACUAUUGAUGGCUGCUGGUGAUGCUCAUAGCACGUGGUUGUUUUGUACCACUGUCCUUAUCACACUGAAUAGAUAUACUGAUGUACUGAUAUAAUAUGUUGAUGGUUGUCUGUAAAAUAGAUUAGUUAUACAAUUGUACCUGGUAUUGUUGUGUACUGUCACAGUGGCAUUUCUCUAGAAAGACACGGAAACGGAUACAAUAUUUAAAUCAUACACUGUCAAGUUUUAUAACAUGUAUGGAUUUUGCUUGUAAUUAGCUUCUCCGCCAAUAAAUGAUUAGAGCAAUAUAUAAUUAACGACAUAUAUACAUUGUAUGUUUAUUUAAACGUUCCAAUUCUGAAAGUGAUAUAUAUUUUUAAUGGUUGUUGAUAUGACAGCGGAGCACAUCUCUAAGCUAUUCGGCAAUUAUACAUUUAGACAUGGUAACUCCGACGAUUCCAUGUUACCAAUUUAGACAUGGUAUCUCCGACGAUUCCAUGUUACCCAUUUAGACAUGGUUAGUCCGACGAUUCCAUGUUACCAAUUUAGACAUGGUAACUCCGACGUGGUAACUCCGACGAUUCCAUGUUACCCAUUUAGACGUAGUAACUCCGACGAUUCCAUGUUACCCAUUUAGACGUGGUAACUCCGACAAUUCCAUGUUACCCAUUUAGACGUGGUAACUCCGACGAUUCCAUGUUACCCAUUUAGACAUGGUAUCUCCGACGAUUCCAUGUUACCAAUUUAGACAUGGUAUCUCCGACGAUUCCAUGUUACCCAUUUAGACAUGGUAUCUCCGACGAUUCCAUGUUACCAAUUUAGACAUGGUAUCUCCGACGAUUCCAUGUUACCAAUUUAGACAUGGUAUCUCCGACGAUUCCAUGUUACCAAUUUAGACAUGGUAUCUCCGACGAUUCCAUGUUACCCAUUUAGACAUGGUAACUCCGACGAUUCCAUGUUACCCAUUUAGACAUGUUAACUCCGGUGAUUCCAUGUUACCCUUUUAGACAUGGUUAGUCCGACGAUUCCAUGUUACCCAUUUAGACGUGGUAACUCCGACGAUUCCAUGUUACCAAUUUAGACAUGGUAUCUCCGACGAUUCCAUGUUACCCAUUUAGACAUGGUAACUCCGACGAUUCCAUGUUACCAAUUUAGACAUGGUAACUCCGACGAAUCCAUGUUACCCAUUUAGACAAGGUAACUCCGGUGAUUCCAUGUUACCCAUUUAGACAUGGUUAGUUCGACGAUUCCAUGUUACCCAAUUAGACGUGGUAACUCCGGCGAUUCCAUGUUACCAAUUUAGACAUGGUAUCUCCGACGAUUCCAUGUUACCCAUUUAGACAUGGUUAGUCCGACGAUUCCAUGUUACCAAUUUAGACAUGGUAACUCCGACGAAUCCAUGUUACCCAUUUAGACAAGGUAACUCCGGUGAUUCCAUGUUACCCAUUUAGACAUGGUUAGUCCGACGAUUCCAUGUUACCCAAUUAGACCUGGUAACUCCGGCGAUUCCAUGUUACCAAUUUAGACAUGGUAUCUCCGACGAUUCCAUGUUACCCAUUUAGACAUGGUUAGUCCGACGAUUCCAUGUUACCAAUUUAGACAUGGUAACUCCGACGAUUCCAUGUUAUCCAUUUAGACAUGGUUAGUCCGACGAUUCCAUGUUACCAAUUUAGACAUGGUAACUCCGACGAUUCCAUGUUACCCAUUUAGACAUAGGACGAACAAACAAAAUGGAGACUGUAAGGGGCAGGCUAUUAGAACAGAGUAAUGAUUGGAUUAGAGGUGAUAUUGAUGGACCAAGCAUUCCCAUCAAAAUAACGAGUGGGUGUUUUAUGGAUGGUACGUCUCAGCAGAAUUAUAUUAAAGUGCUUGGAAUCAUAUAACAUGCUUUAUUAAAAUUGAACCACAGAUUUUUGUCAUCUUGUGGGUUUUGACAAUUUUAUUAUUUUAGAUAUUACGUUGUGGGUUGUGUCGACAUCAAAUAACUUAUACGUCAUACUAUACCAAAUAACUGUCACACGUCAUACUAUACCAAAUAACUGUUACACGUGAUACUAUACUCUGUAACUGUUACACGUGAUACUUUGCCAGGUAGCUGUUACACGUGAUACUAUACUCUGUAACUGUUACACGUGAUACUUUGCCAGGUAGCUGUUACACGUGAUACUAUACUCUGUAACUGUUACACGUGAUACUUUGCCAGGUAGCUGUUACACGUGAUACUAUACUCUGUAACUGUUACACGUGAUACUUUGCCAGGUAACUGUUACACGUGAUACUUUGCCAGGUAGCUGUUACACGUGAUACUUUGCCAGGUAACUGUUACACGUGAUACUUUGCCAGGUAGCUGUUACACGUGAUACUUUGCCAGGUAACUGUAACACGUGAUACUUUGCCAGGUAACUGUUACACCUGAUAUUUUGCCAGGUAACUGUUACACGUGAUACUUUGCCAGGUAACUGUUACACCUGAUAUUUUGCCAGGUAACUGUUACACGUGAUACUUUGACAGGUAACUGUUACACGUGAUACUAUACUCUGUAACUGUUACACGUGAUACUUUGCCAGGUAACUGUUACACGUGAUACUAUACUCUGUAACUGUUACACGUGAUACUAUACUCUGUAACUGUUACACGUGAUACUUUGCCAGGUAACUGUUACACGUGAUACUUUGCCAGGUAGCUGUUACACGUGAUACUUUGCCAGGUAACUGUUACACGUGAUACUUUGCCAGGUAACUGUUACACCUGAUAUUUUGCCAGGUAACUGCUACACGUGAUACUUUGCCAGGUAACUGUUACACGUGAUACUAUACUCUGUAACUGUUACACGUGAUACUAUACUCUGUAACUGUUACACGUGAUACUUUGCCAGGUAACUGUUACACGUGAUACUAUACUCUGUAACUGUUACACGUGAUACUAUACUCUGUAGCUGUUACACGUGAUACUUUGCCAGGUUACUGUUACACGUGAUACAUGUACUUUGCCAGGUAGCUGUUACACGUGAUACUUUGCCAGGUAACUGUUACACGUGAUACAUGUACUUUGCCAGGUAGCUGUUACACGUGAUACUUUGCCAGGUAACUGUUACACGUGAUACAUGUACUUUGCCAGGUAACUGUUACACGUGAUACUUUGCCAGGUAGCUGUUACACGUGAUACUUUGCCAGGUAGCUGUUACACGUGAUACUUUGCCAGGUAACUGUUACACCUGUAUGAAUGACAUGUAGCUGGUGAUGUAAUUAUAUGCAUUACACUGUAUAAUGUAUUAUGCUGGUCCUCAGUCUGGACAACUUGUUUACCGAUAUGAUUCGUGUAAAAAGAUCGAUAAGUUAUGUGUUCAAGAUUGUACGUACUUUACAGUCUGUAUUUAUAGCUGUAUGCUGUGGAGAAAAAUGUAUUUUACAAAAACAAAUUUUUUAAAAAUAAAUUUGAUUACAUGUACAUCACAUAUUGAUAUUUUUUCCCGUUUUAAAUUUUAUUCUUCACCUGUCAUGUAAGGAUUUAUGAAAAUUGUAUUUUAUACAGUUAUUUUCCGAAGAGAUUUUUGCACAGCAAUAUAUUAUGCAACUUUUUGAAUUUUUAUAUAUAUAUUCAUUUUUCACAUGCAUGUUCUAUUUUUUCUGUGGGAUAAAUACAAACAAAUAAUAUGUUUUUAAAAUGUCUUAAUAAUUUACUUACUAUCGGUGACUCGUGAUGUUCUAAAGGCGCAAAAUGUUUUGUAAUAUUUUGAGUCUAUAACGAAACAGCUGUAUGAUAGGCUUAAUUCAGCUCUAUUGUAUGUCAAAUUGUAUUGCUAUGUGUUACCUACCUUUUGUACAAUAUUUUGAUCAACAUACAUGUAAUACGAAAAGCUGGACGAUCUGAGAAGUACAGAAUUGCCCUCUGUGAUUAACGGUUUGCAUUACUGGGAGUGUGAUAUUGAAUCACACAAGAGAUUAAUUAUGUCAAGUGAUGUUUUCUUUUACUUUAAUUAUGUGUUUUGUACUUUUAACACUGUUUCGAAGUAAUUCUGCAAAUGUCAAUGUAGAGUGUUUUAGAAAAGCUGUCAAAUUAAUCUGCGUUGUAUGAAACUUAGGUGUAUUUCGAAAAUUACACAGCUGUUUAUUUCUGAAAAUGAAAAUAAAUGACUGCACGUGUGCUGAUAAUUAAAGGAACUUUAACGCGGAAACAAAAAUUGGAAGCCAAUUGAGUUAUUGAGUAUUAUGAAAUUUAAGUUUUUAGAUACGAACAUUGUUAAUGAAUUAAUAUUGGAACCUCAUUAUGGUUCGAUUUCAUUAAUACCGAUUAUACCCCCAUCACACUAGGUCACGUUCCCACUACGUCCAACCACGUCCUGGAAAAAAUUGAAGAACGCAAUGCGAACGCAGAAAGAACUUGUACAACGUAGUAAAGACUCAAUAGAGACCGAUAAGGACGUGUUAUGGUCUUCAUGGACCUGGAGGACGUGAACAAACUUUGAGCAUGUUAAAAAAAAGCGUAGCGAGGACGUGGUCCAAUCGGGACGUAGUAAGAACGUAACAGGGACGCAGUACCAGCGGUAUUGACGUGGUAAUGACGUAACCAAAACCCAAUGAGAACUUCAUUGACGCAGUGGAAGCGUAGCGCUGAUGGAAAGGAUUGUAUUACGUUCUCAUUGCGUUGUCAGUGCGUUCUUGCUACGUCAAUGUAGUUCUUAUUGCGACCUCUCUACGCUUGUACAAUGACCAAGGUACGCCAAUACCACGUUGUUGAUGACCACGUUAGGUUUCCAGUACGUUCUUACGGUGCUCAUUAAGUUUACGACACGUCUGUCACAGGUUACCACCACGUCAAAACCACGUCCAGAGGAUCGGCUGUAUAAAUACUCAUUUCAAGUUUAAUUCAUUAUCACUUUCGUUCAAACUACAAAAGAAGAUGGUUACAAGUUAUCAAGAACUUCUUAUGCAUCUUGCUCUGAUUCAAGGACAACAGGUUUUUAUUGAUGCACAGGCCGCACUUUUGAUGCUGCGAAGAAGGCGAAGAAGGAAUAAAAGACAACCUAGGCUUUUUUGGGUUCGUCCUUGGCUUUCUGUUGAAAGAAGACUACAAUUUGGCCAUUAUGAUCGACUAAUGACGGAGUUAAGAGUAGAGGAUUUUCUCGGCGGCAUAUUGUGAAUAUUGCAGGGGAAUGGAAAAAAGAAACAAGUCAAGUUGUAUUUAUAGGGAACGGGCAAACGCAGAGAGAACGUAGUAAUUACGUAAUGCACGCGUAGAAAGAUCUUUUUGGACGUAGUAAGAGCGUAUUAAGAACACACAGAGCGUGGUGCACGCGCGAACAUGCGCGAGAUAAGGUCUUAGUGGAAACGUGUAGGACGUAGUAAGAACCCAGCAAGGACGUAAUGAGGGCGUAAUAUGAACGUGACAACUGCAAAAUUCUCCAUUUUUGCCACGACCCCGCUGCGUUUCUCGAAAUUUUAAGGACGCAGUGCGGUCUUCGUGGUCUUUGUCUUAGUGUGAUGGGGGCAUUAGUGAUUUGCUCUUCCACAGAUGUUGAUAUUUUAUAUUUGUACAAUACACUUAAUAUAUAUUCGAUGUUCACAGAAAUCGGAGAUGUAUUGUUAUACAUACAUUAGGAUGUUGUUUUAGUUGUUGUUUUUUCCUCUACAAUUAGUAUAAUGUAUAAUCCUCAGGUUCUGUAUUUGGUAUCAUUUAAAAUUCUGAAGAUACAUCAAUUUGACUAACCGAGUAGCAACUGUGAUUAGUUCUACAAAUGAAAUCAAAAUUACGUUAACUCCCAUUGAAAAAUAUUCCAAAAGUUCUGUGUCAUUUAUUGAACCACUAGAAAUGAAAACCAACCGUAUGAUGGAUAUUUCUCAUUAGACAUACAGGAACGAAAAGGUAAAAACAGCCUCCCCAUGGCAUGAUACAUAUAGCUACCUGUACAGUAAGGGGGAAAUUAAAUAUAUACACUGUCGGAUAAUAUUAACAUUACAAAAAAUACAAAUGUGAAUUACAUGUAACAUACCAUAUUGACGAUACACAGUAACUUUUAAUAUACUGAAGUCGGUGGCCGAGUGGUUAAGGUGUCCUGACACUUUAUCACUAGCCCUUCCAACUCUGGGUUGCGAGUUCGAAACCUACGUGGGGCAGUUGCCAGGUACUGAUCGUAGGCCGGUGGUUUUUCUCCGGGUACUCCAGCUUUCCUCCACCUCCAAACCUGGCACGUCCUUAGAUGACCCCGGCUGUUAAUAGGACGUUAAACAAAACAAACCAAACUAAAGUUAGAUUCUUUUCUCGUUCUCCACUUGGAUAAACAUGGGCCCUAGUACAAUGGUUUAUCACCAUAUUGUUUGGGGUGUAAUUUAUAAAUCAAAAUUGUAUUAUUGAUUGAGGAUAUUGUAAUUGUUUUCUACAAUAUUAGCCUGACUGAGAAAUAUUAUAUUUGUCCUCCAGGUUUGUUGAAGGGCAUUGUAUUUUGUUGUUAAGAUAAUUUGACAUGUUAAAACAUUUAUUUUUUUAUAUUUGAUCUGUACAGUACCUGUUUGAAAAUGGAGGUAUACUAUUAAUAAAAUGGAGCUAUAUUAUCAAUAAAA